AUGGACACUUAUGUUCGAAUUUCAAGCUUAAGAUCCCCCAAUCUCUGCCGGAUAAUCCCUAGAUUCUCAUCCUCCUCGAAAUUCCGUUGUUCCAAGAAAAAUCCGGACGAAUCUCCCAAGAGUGGAAACGACAACGGUGAUAAAUCGUCGUCGAGGGAUUGGGACAAA